AUGGAUACGGUUGCAGUGUUCCAAGAUAUCGACAACUAUUUGCCGAAAGAAAAUGAUUUCCCAAGAGAUGAAUAUUCCACCUAUUUAGGAUACAAAAACGGGGAAGACAUUUUUUUUAACCGAUAUCAGAGUUUGGCAACCACUGUGGCUCCAUUAAAGAAUUCAACUUUAUCUUCCGAAGAAACGGCCCCAACUAUCCCUCCAAUUGAACAAAAUUCUUCAGAUUCAUACCCAAUGCAAAACUAUACGAAUCUCGACCCAUUAAACGAUACAGAAAAUGAUAUCUUUCUGAUGAACAGAACGUCAAGACAGGAAUCCAGCAAUUCCACGAAGUUCGAAAGUCAGCUUGGAGUCCAGCUGGAGGCACAGGAAGAAGAGAGCGAUGAGGAGGAAGGCAAUAUGAUAUCCGGAUUGAUCGGAGCUCUUUUAGGGGGGAUUCUAAGGCCUGAUGGUGGUAUUGACGUUGAAGCAAUCACCGGGUUGUUAGGAAGUCUUAGUACCCAAAAUCCUGAUGGUACCUACGAUUUUAUGGGAGUAACUGAACUUUUGAGAGGUUUCUUUGGGGGAGGAGAUGGUGGAGGUGGAUCUGAUAUCGGGUCAUUUGUUGGAGGUCUAGUUGGAGCUUUACUACAAGGAAUAGCAAAUCCACCUGGUGCUAAAGGAGUAGGAAAAUUGACAGGUAGUGUAGUAGCAGGUAUAUUGCCGUCUCUUAGUGCACCUCCUCUCGAUGAAAAUGAUGAACCACAAUCAGGAAUUGAUCCAUUCGGAUUCGUAGGAGGGUUCUUGAAGACCUUCUUGAAUGGUAGCAGUACCAGCACAGCACCAGCUAAUGAAACAGAUACAGGAAAAGGAAAUAAGUCCAAGUUUUCAAUAUUCAAGGCAAUUAUAUCAACCAUCACAUCUCUUUUCUCUGCUUCUUCUGGAUCAAGUUCUUGCAUGCCCACAAUGUUGUGUGGGAAUCAAAGUUGGUGAAAUGUGAGAAGGAGAGUUG